CGCCAACCUCCCCGCCGCAUCCUCUCCACAAGACCGAUAUCCGCCUACUCGGCCUCAUCUGGCGGCGGUCAGCGCACCAGCGACGGCCUCCGCAAAUCCGCCUACUCCUCCCGCCACUCCGACGGCUCGGGCUCGAUCUCAAUCCGCUACUCCAUCGCCCCGCGCGGGUCGGCUGCCUACCGCUCCUUCUCCGGCGCGAGCGAUCUCCUCCCCGGCACCGUCGACCCCUCCGACGCCGACGACGACGAACUCGACGACGACGGCAGCAGUCCCUAUGCUAUCGACUCUGAUGUCCUGCACUCCCCCGCUGCCGAUCCCGUCCUCACCACCCGCGACGGCGACGUCGGCGAGGUCGACGUCGCCCAGCGUGCAUAUAUCGGCGUGCCGGGCUUCUACUUCAACGCAAUCAGCAGCAACUACAACUCCUCAGAAGAAGAGCCUGAUGAUGACUCCACCGACAGCGAUAGCGCGAGCGCGCUCUCGUUCGCUGCUACCUUCCCUCCUCCACCGCCGCCCGUCGAGCUGGAUGUGGUCGAGACCGGAAGCGUGGACGAUGUGCGCAUAUACUUUAUGGAAGGCGCCAGUCUGAGUAGUGGCGACGACGACACGCACGAGCUCGAUCGGCAGACAAUCGAUUUCGAUCUGGGGUCGGAGGAUGAUGCGCGCGUGAUUGAGAUUGACGAGAACGGGCAGUACGUGACUCGGAGUCUGCUGGUGAACGACUCGGUCGACGAGGCCGACUCGACGCAGUACACGCAGUACCCGUACGCGCGGUCGAUGCUGGACGGAGAGGAUGAAGGAGAGGUUCAUAUCGAGGACUUUGACGAGGACGUGACUGCGAGCCAUAGUGUCGCUUUCCAGCAGCAGCUCAAAGAAGAGGACGAGGCGCGCGCAGCUGGUCUCUCACACCCUGUCUAUCCUUACUUGCCGGCCGAGUACGCAAACAAAUACGUCUACCGAACCCGGGAGAUUGAGUCGGAAGAUGGAGGCGUGCGGAAACCCGAGCGGGCGCUGAUACCGGUGUACUCUGAGGGUCUCUCGAUGUCUACGUUCCCAUACACAAACUCGAUGGCGCCUCUGUCGGCGAUUGUGAGACAGCAGCCGCGAGGGCAGUUUGCGACGGCGGUGUGCCGGAGUAGUGUACUACUUCCGCCGCUGCCGAACGCUGCAUCUCCGAAUCUGGCGAUCACGGCAGAGGAGGAGAGGAAGCCAGUGACUGCGCCAGCGGCCGCGAUGAGCAAGGCGCUGGAAGUCCCAGCGGUAGAGAAGACGGUGACGAGUGAAGAUCCGCUUGAGCUUCUGCGGCAGCUCGAGCAGGCGCGGCGAUUCAGACACGAGUCGAUGUUUGAGUCGCCGACGGACUACCCUGCAUAUAUUCCGCGAGCGCGGCGGGCGUGCAGCGAGCAGGUUGCGCGGACGCUGCUGGUGGUGUGUUUGUGUUUCCCGCCGAUGUAUUUCGUGAUGGGGUUUGGUGGGCUGGAUAAGAUUGUGGGGGAGAUUCCGCGGCGAGAGAAGAUUGUUGCGCGGGUGGUUGGAUUGGGAUUGUUUGUGGGGGCGAUAGUUGGGAUCGUGGUCGGGUUUGUCGUUGGACUGCGGUGA